AUGGACGAUAUCAAAGAACAAAAUAUUUCCUCCAAUAUUGAUAAAUUGGACGGUAGGACAUCUGAAAAGAAAGAAAAAAUUGUUUCUGAUGAGAAUACAAAGUCAGAUUUGGAUCAUCAGGAAUUGGUUAAAUUGACUAAAGAAGCUAUUGAUAAUUUAAUCGAAAGCGAUCCUUUUCUCUGUGGAUUACCUUCAAACGUCACGGUAGAAGAAAUUAAAGCACAAAUCGCCGUGGCUCAGGGACAAGCGAUAACAUUAUUUCUAUAUCGUGGAGAGCUGCCGAAACUUUCCAUCGUGGUACCUACUCAUACAACUACAGUGCUUGAUUUAAAAAGAGCCAUCAAGAGACAUACAAACUUAUGUUUCAAAAGAGAUAAUAUUAAGAAGAAAAUAAGUUGGAGACAUGUUUGGAAAAAGUAUAACUUAUGUUUCGACAAUGUACAACUCUUAAACGAUAACGAAAAUUUAAAAACGUACGGUAUCACCAAUAAAGCUGAAUUACAUUAUGUUAAGAAGUAUAGAGAAAAAAAUAAAUUAAGAAAUAUCAUAAAAAAUGCAUGAUCAGGAUAUGAUUUCUACAUAUUACAGGACAUGAUUAUAUACACACAUUAUAUUUAUACAAUUAAAUCAUUAAUCUUUGAAAUUA